GGAAUGAUAACCAAUUUUCUCACACACACUUGACUCUUGAGAGCAUACUACACACUGUGAUGGAGAACAUCAAACACAGUGAUGUCCAAGUGAAGGGGCUCAAGCUGCAUGUGGCAGAGAUUGGAACCGGGUCAAAGGCAGUGGUAUUCUUGCAUGGAUUCCCAGAAAUCUGGUACACAUGGAGGCAUCAGAUGGUUGCUGUGGCCAACUCCGGCUACAGGGCUAUUGCCUUCGAUUUCAGAGGCUAUGGACUUUCUGAGCAGCCACCUCAGCCUGAGAAAGAAACCAUGUUUGAUUUGAUUGAUGAAAUCUUGGGUCUCUUGGAUGCUUUAAACAUCACCAAGGCUUUCCUUGUUGGUAAGGAUUUUGGUUCCAUCCCAGGGUAUCUUACAGCAGCUCUGCACCCAGAAAGAGUAGCUGCAGUUAUAAAUUUGGGCAUCCCUUUCAUUCUUCCGGGUGAAUCCGCCGUCCGGAACGACCUUCUCCCCAAAGGCUUCUAUAUUACCAGGUGGCAGGAACCUGGGAGGGCAGAAGCAGAUUUCGGCCGUUUCGAUGUGAAGUCAGUUAUAAGGAACAUCUACACUCUGUUCUCUAGCAGCGAGAUACCAAUAGCAGCUGAUGAUCAAGAAAUCAUGGACUUGUUUGAUCCCUCUAAACCGCUUCCACCAUGGUUCUCUGAGGAAGACCUUCAAACCUAUGCAUCACUCUAUGAAAAUUCUGGAUUCAGAUAUCCAUUGCAGGUUCCUUACAGGAGUCUCAAUAAAGAUUGUGGCUUAAGUGACCCAAAAGUGAGUGUUCCUGCACUUUUAAUAAUGGGUGAGAAAGAUUAUGUGAUCAAGUUUCCAGGAAUGGAGGACUACAUCAGAAGUGGAGCAGUGAAACAAUUUGUGCCAGACAUGGAAAUCACAUAUAUUCCAGAAGGAAGCCAUUUUGUGCAUGAACAAGUUCCAGACAAGGUCAACCAGCUCAUUAUUGACUUCCUUGACAAACAAAAUGUUUGACUGUUUCUUCUGCUUCUUCAUUGGAGAUGCCAUUUCUUUGCCGCUUAAUGUUACCAUUAAUAGAAGUAUGUUAUAUUCAGACUUUGAAUUUUCAGUUUAUGCAUGACCAUUGUCCAAUGGAGUAUAAUAAUGUGGUAAAGUACUAUUUUUUUUCUCUAAA